UGGCCUCCGACCAUCACCACCCGUUAAUGGAUUUAAAUACUUUAACAACUAUGGCCUCACCCUCUGCCGUCGUCACUCAUUAUGUUUUCUGACAGCCCAGAAUAUAUUCGACGUGCUAAUACCCCCUUCCUCCCACCAACGAUAAACAUGGCAGAACUGCGCACUGCUAUCCCGCUGCACCUUCUCCGAAAAUCGACGACCAAAGGGUUAGCCUACGUUUUUCAGGAUGUUUUGUGUGCAUAUUUUUUGUAUUGCUUGACGCCAUACAUCCCUCUUGCUCCUGCCCUCCUUCGUCUUCCCCUCUGGGUAGCAUAUUGGUGGUGCCAAGGAAUUGUGCUCACUGGCUGGUGGUGUCUUGGACACGAGGCCGGGCACAAGACCAUAUCGCAGUACUCAUGGGUAAACCAUGUUGUCGGCUAUAUCCUUCACACGGCGAUAUUAACACCUUAUUUUGCGUGGAGGGUGACACACCGGAAUCACCACAAGGCCACCAUGAGCGUCGAGCGAGACGAGAACUACGUACCUCGAACGCGCUCGGAGUACGGUCUUUGGGACGAGAAGGAAGACGAGCGGCUCGGUCUGCUACGCGAUGAGGAGGGACUCCCAGGUUGCCGGAAAGGCUUGGACCCUCACGACGUGUUUUCGGACGCGCCUCUGUACGUCCUUUUGCGCAUGCUCAUCAUGCAGGCCACUGGAUGGCCAUUAUAUCUCCUCACCGACGCCACGGGGAACCCGCGAUAUCCCUUGGGAACGAAUCAUUUUUCGCCGUCUUCGGCUCUCUUUAAACCGCGUCACCGCAGACAAAUCAUCGCUUCGAACGCUGGGCUGUGUGUUGCUCUUGCUCUCUUUUUGUGGUGGGCUAGUCAGACUAGCCUAGCUCAUGUAGGGCGGGUGUAUGGCGUUCCAUACAUCCUCGCCAAUCAUUGGAUCAUCAUGAUCACUUAUAUCCAACACACCGACCCGACAAUGCCGCAUUAUCGUUCUCAGUCAUGGAGCUUCGUACGCGGUGCGCUGGGGACCGUCGAUAGACCGGUUCUUGGAUGGGUAGGAAGGAUAUUCUUGCACCAUGUCAGCCAUGACCACGUCGCACACCAUCUUUUCCCUUCAAUACCGUUCUACAACCAACCAGAAGUGACGAAGAUUAUUCGGCCACUUUUGGGAGAUGCGUAUAAUUGUGAUAGUACCAACAGUUUCCGAGCGCUCUAUCGUACGUCCACACAGUGUUGCUUCAUUGAAGACGAAGGCGAUAUCGUGUUCUACAAAAAUAGAGAUGGCAAGGCCGCGAGGUUUCUGGCUGAUGAGGUCGUUCAACCUUCGAAAAUCGUCAUAUAACGGCUUUGCACCCAGUUAAUUUGACAACCUACGUUCUAUGCCACGUCCAAUUCUUAUACGUCUUUUAAGCUAUCCUGUUCUAGCCUCAGUCCUCCGUGGCUGGCUUAGUUUUAGAGAAGGGUCUAUCAUUCAUCCAGGCUUUCCGGUUCCGAGUCCUAUGUCUGUAGGUAACUAGGUCAUUAUGCUACUUGAACUUUACCGUGGGAAAAUCUAUUCGUCGAGCCUCUUUGCCUUGGCCAUCGCCGUCGGACCGAGCCAGACAUUGCCGAAGAUGUUCGCUAUCCACCAUAUACCAUAUUUUGCUCUCUGCGAUUGGUGGCUGUGGGCGGGACAACCACCUUCAUCACCGGACCUUAUGCUGGUACCAACACCAACAUCAUUACC